AUGUUUUAUCUUGAUAGUGUUGAUUGUCUCGUUGCUGUUGGAAAGAAAAGUUCUGUAUUACAUACAACAGAAAAAUUCUAUGAAAGACUACGUACUUCACGUGAUAAUCCACAAAAAAUGGUUAAUUCACCAUUAUUGGUUGUAGACAAUGUUGGUGAUGUACUUGGCGAAGCACCUGAUACUUUAGCUAAAUCAGUGCAAUUCUUUUUACAAGGAAUCGUAUCUGGUUUACCAAUGGAAGCAUGUUUAGUUGGUUUAGGACGUCUAUCACGUUCUAUGUCGAUGGAAGAAGCUGAUCGCCCAAGACGAGGUUCUGGAACUCAUGCAUCAUCAUCUGGCACAGCUUCACCACCAAUUGUUGGUUCACCACCGAAAUAG